AUGGUAUUGUGGAGUGACAUUUUAUCAAUUAGGGCUCUUAAUAGGCCUAUUUUUAACUUCUUUGUGGACAACUGUGUUAUCAAGGUUGGGAAUGGUAUCAGAAUCAGAUUCUGGCUUGAUAGAUGGUGUGGUGGCCUUUGUUUGAAAUCUUCUUUCCCUCUUCUUUUUAAUCUGUCGUCUGAUAAGGAAGGUUCUCUCAAUCAUUAUUUUGCAAGGAAAUCAAGUUCAUCUGCUUGGAACCUUCCCCAUAGAAGAGAGCUCUAUUCAUGGGAAUUGGCUGAAGAAGUGAGAUUGAAUGCUCUUUUAUCCUCUGCUCCAACUUUGUGUUUGGAUCGUGAAGACUGUCAAGUUUGGUGCACUGAUUCAGUGUCUAGUUUCUCUGUUUCUGCUCUAUACUCUCACAACUCAUCUCUUCUUGGCCCUCAUCUUAAGGUAAGCAAUUUCGUUUGGAAUUCGUCAUUGCCCCUGAGAGUUUCAUUUUUCUCUUGGCUGGCUUGGAAAUCUAGAAUCAAAUGUUCAGAUUUUCUGCUCAAGAUUGGUAUCCUGGACAGCAAUACUUCACCCCUCUGUCAUUUUUGCAACUCCGAGUUAGAAACUGCUUCUCAGGUCCUGUUACAUUACCCCUUCUCUUGGUCAAUCUGGUCUGCAGUUGUUGAGGAAUGGGGUCUCCAUUGGUGUAUUCCUAAUUCAGUUGAUGGUCUUCUAUCUUGGUGGAUGAGUGGGAAAUUUCAUAACUUUGACAGAUUAAUUUGGAGAGCAAUCCCCUUAAUUGUACUCUGGUCUAUUUGGAAACUCAGAAAUGAAUGUGUGUUUUCUAAUGCACAACCCACCUCUUCAGGUCUUCUAGAACUCAUCAAAUUCAGAUCUGUGGUUUGGCUCAAAGCUUCUAUUAAGGACUUCCCAUACUCAGUUGAUGAUCUUGUCUUCAACUAG